GACUGGCUCAUCAUAUCUGCAAUCUCCUCAUAGAAACUGUGGCUCUGUACUUGGAGGCAGAUGAUAAAAGCAGCACCAAGACAGCCAAUGCGCUGCUGCUGUCCUUGCUUGACAUUUUGCACUGUGUGCUGUCGUACGCAGCCAACAUCGUGCGCCAGACCUUACAGGCACAGAAAUCUGGCACAGGAGGGGACACACAGGCUGCUGAAGACCUUCUGCUCAUCAGUAAGCCCUUGACAGACCUAAUCAGCCUGCUUAUUCAACUGCUCCCCAGUGAAGAUACUGAAAUAUUUGUGAGUGCCUCACAAUGCUUAUCGUUACUGGUCCAGCUGUAUGGAGGCAGCAGUCAGGAGAACAUGUCUCCAGAAAACAUGGUCAGCUUUGCUGAAGUUCUGAAGUCCAAAAAAGAUCCACGACAACUGAAGCUUUUGUUGAGAAUCAUAAAGAGACUGAUAACUUCAAACGAGAAGCGCUUAGAGAGCCUGAAGAAUGAUGGCAACGCUCUUAUCCAAACUCUAGCAAGCCUGGCCCAAACUGCCAG